CAGGUUUUAAUGGCAUUCGGAGCCCGAAGAUCAGACGCACGUAGGAAUGCAGCGUGCACGUCGGACUGUCUUUAAGCAAAUGCUGUCAAAUUCUUAUUGGAUAUGUAGUUUUCGCCAUGUGUUGCUGCAACAGAUGAACUCGGAGUAAAAUAUAUAUUUUUUUAAUUACAUCGGACCUGAGUGAAACAUGCAUCUCUUUCGGAGUUACAAUUAUAAAGUCUUUCCCGAUCGCUGUUCAAAUGAGAAAACUCCUCAGAUUCGGGGAAUUAGCUGGACGCCUCUGCCAGACUCUGUGGAUACACAAGACACCAUCAAACAGUUUUUGUCAGAUCGGAUCCUGAAGGCUGCGCGGGUGGUUUACAGCACUCUGAUGGAGCGUAACCCAGGCCUGAUAAGAGACCGAAAACACCAUCUUAAGACCUACAGACAGUGCUGCAGCGGAAAGGAGCUUGUGGAUUGGUUAAUGAAACUCAAUGAUUGUUUCCAGUCCCGGAGUCAGGCAGUCGGAAUGUGGCAGGUUUUGGUGGAUGAGGGCAUUCUGGGUCAUGUGAAACAGGAGUUAAACUUCCAUGACAAAGACACACAGUUUUACCGCUUUAUGGAAGCAGAGUUUGACCUCAAUCACACAACUAACGAAAAAGACUCAAAAGAGGACGAACUACAAGAGAGUUUAUCGCUACUAAUCCAGAUGGGCCCAGACGCUCUUUUGACGAUGAUACUGCGUAAAUGCCCAAGCCAGAGAACACCAGAAGAUCUGGAAGUUAUUUACGAAGAACUUCUGCACGUUAAAGCUGUGGCCCACUUGUCUACAUCUGUUCGUAAAGAGCUGGCAGCAGUGCUGGUAUUUGAAAGCCAUGCCAAGGCGGGAACAGUCUUGUUCAGUCAGGGGGACAAAGGGACUUCCUGGUACAUCAUCUGGAGAGGCUCUGUAAAUGUCAUCACACACGGCAAGGGCUUGGUGACCACCCUUCAUGAAGGAGAUGAUUUUGGGCAGUUGGCAUUGGUGAACGACGCUCCUCGAGCCGCCACCAUUAUCCUAAGAGAGGACAAUUGCCACUUUCUGCGGGUGGACAAGCUGGAUUUUAUACGCAUUCUUAAGGACGUCGAGGCAAACACUGUCCGUCUGGAAGAGCAUGGUAAAGUCGUUCUGGUUCUUGAGAAGAGCACGGCACAGGAAUCCCCAAGCUGCAACAAGUACACGGUAAUGUCAGGAACGCCGGAGAAGAUCCUGGAGCACAUGCUGGAGGCCAUAAAACUGGAAACCAACGGCGCUGACUUCAUAGAUCCCUGUGUGACUGACUUCCUCCUAACACAUCCCGUCUUCAUGCCCUGCAGUCAACUGUGCGCUGCCCUCCAGCAUCAUUACCAAGCGGAGCCAUCUGAAGGCUCAGAUCUGGAGAAGGCAGCGUACGCUCUCAACACCAAGCAGAAGGUGGUGAAGCUGGUGUGUCACUGGGUGGCUCUGUUUGCUCUGCUGCUCAGGGACGAUCCUGUGGCCUCUGAAUUCCUAGAGAAAUUCAGGGAAGGAGUGAUGGCUGACUCAAGACUUUCUAGCAUGCUUAGAGAACAGCUGAGAGACAGGAGGAAGACAAAAAUAAUGGAGAAUGGAUGUCACACUCUGACAAAGCUGAACCAAAAGUUUGAUUGGUUUUCAGCUUACGAAGAGCCGGUGGGGAAACUGAGGUCGAUUAAAGCCCAAGAUAAAGUCUUGUAUGAGAUCUUUAAACCGGAUCACAAGGCUGUCACUGUGAUGCUGCCAGUUGAUGCGUCAGUGAGCGACAUCUUGACUACAUUAGUGGAUCCUGACAGAAACUACGUGCUGGUCAAGAUGAAUUCCUCAGGAGACAGAGUCCAGUUGAAGUUGGAGACGACAGCAGUGUCUGCCUGUUUAGGAGUGAAUGAAAAGCUUUUUCUCUGCACUUCCAGCCAAGUUGAACAACUGACACCUGUGAAAGAGCAGCUGGGGCCGGAGAAGAGCACCAUGGACACUCUGGAGCAGAUUUGCUCCAAGGACAUGGCCAGUCAACACACCAGCUACGACUGGGAACUCUUCAUGGCCAUGCAUGAGGUGGAGCUUGUCUACUAUGUUUUCGGACGGGAAAAGUUCCCUGGAUCCACCACAGCGAACCUUGAGCGGUUUGUUCGUCGCUUCAAUGAGGUUCAGUACUGGGUUGUGACUGAACUGUGUCUCUGUGAAGACCUGGGCAAGAGAGCCAUACUGCUGAAGAAGUUCAUCAAGAUGGCUGUUGUUUUGAAAGAGCAGAAGAACCUCAACUCUUUUUUCGCAGUGAUGUUUGGCCUCAGUAACAGUGCAGUGCAGAGGCUCAAUAAAACAUGGGAGAGACUUCCCAAUAAAACCAAGAGGAUCUACUGUGCAUAUGAAAGACUGAUGGAUCCGUCCCGUAACCACAGGGCCUACAGACUGACUAUUGCCAAACUCAGCCCUCCAUACAUUCCCUUCAUGCCACUGCUUCUAAAAGACAUGACAUUUAUUCAUGAGGGAAACAAGAACUACACUGAUAAACUGGUCAACUGUGAGAAAAUGCGCAUGAUUGCCAGAACAGUGAAGACAGUUCGGGAUUGUCGAAGCCAACCUUACGUGCCUUCAUCUCCGCAGAAAGGCUUGACGGAGAGAAUGUUCUUGGAUGCUCAAGCUAUCCGAAUAUCAACAUAUUCAGACCAGUCUCUGAACCUCCGCAGUGCCACUAGUAUCAGACAGUACAUCCAGAACCUGAAAGUGAUCGACAAUCAGAAGAAACUAACUCAGCUUUCCAGAGCCUUAGAGCGCUGAGGUCCCGCAAAACUGCUAUCUUCAGCCCGUUCCUGCUCCAUAUUGGAGAAAAGAAAAACUGAACUGAUGGAAGCCAUGACCACCCUAUGUGUGGUUAAUUGGUGUAAAUUCUCACAAUUGUCCACCAGUGCUGCAUGAACUGCAAAAAGUUGAGCGCUGGAUGACAAAUGCUGACAAUGGACAAUUUUCCUUCUUUUUAUUGCCUUAUCGGAAGUGUUCUGAUGUUUGGGUCUUAUCUGACAUACCAGCCUACACCGUGAGCAAACAAUUCACUUCAGUGCUGCUGGCAUUAACUGUUAUUUCUAAAAGAUUUAUAUCAUGACGAUGUUGAUUACAGUUCUUUAUCCACUCGCCACAGCUUUUCCAACCAGCAAUUGAUGAAUGAAGUUGUUGUUUAGGAGGCAAAACGAUAUAAAAUGUUUAACUUUAACAUUAUAUAUUUGGUAGCUAUGGUGUAAAUGGCAUAACAGAGAAUGGAUUGUUUAAUUAUUGAAAAUUAGUGUACAUAAAUGCAUUGAUUUUCAAUAGUCAUGGUCUCUCUGCACUUUUUAUUCAGCAGUGUUCUAGUUCUGUUCUCUUAGGAAUAUUAAUCUUUUAAUUUCAUUGUUAGCAAGCACUGGAGAACAACUGACAAUGCAGAUUAUUAUAAGCUGCUGUAUAUAAAAGCCAAAUACCACUAAGUUAAACAAUUUAUAGAUUAUAUAUAUGAAAGUAUCUUAUGCAUUUUUUUCUAAUAGAGUGUUUAUUUUUUAUAAAUAAAUUAUUGAACAUU